AUGUGUCCACGCGCCAACAGGAAAUCUCCCAUCCCGCCAUUAUCGACAUUUCUCGAUAGUUCUGCAGGAUUUCUUCCCUGCACAUUGAGCGUGCUCCCAUUAUACUCUCCACCCGUAAAAAAGAGGUCGAAUGUCAUGUGGAUGCUUGUCUCCUUUAUUGAGGCGAAGGUAAACAUCCCUUGGCCCGGCCCACGAUCUCGGCAUCCAGACUGGGCCCAAUUCUCACUGGGUCAUCCAGCACGGCGACAAGCCCAAAAAAUGUCGGUGAAGUGGGGGUGGAAUUUGCCAUGGCAACGUUUAUAG